GGCCCCGGAGUUGGUGCGGGACGCGAGCGGCGCCGGUGCAGCGGGAGAGGCCCCGGCCCGGGCCGCGUGCCCACAAAAGCUGUGCCCUGCUCCAGUUUCCUACCCUGUGAGCCAAUGGAUUGCUUUGGGAAUGGAAAGUUCUGUACUCAGAUGGGCUCCCAGCAGCACAGGGACAGUGAUACCAGAGACAUUCCAGAUGAUUGCAGAAACAGGGGAAAUAGUAGAAAUGUUAAUCCCAGCAGUGGCUGUCAGGUGAAUGAGGCUGACAGACCUGUCAAACGUCUCAGGAGGAAGAGAAGACUGCUCCUGGAGUCUGAGGAUGACGAGGAAAAUGCAGAUGAGGACGAGGAGAAGAAUAAAUCAAAUAAUAUGAAAAGCCGCAGAAACACUAAACCAAUAAAACAAGUUGUUCCUGGAAAGAAGAAGGUAUGGAACUGGGUUUCCUACUUAGAAGAGGAACGGAUGCCAGCUGCUCCCCUAAAACUGUUCAGAGAGUAUCAGUCAUUCCCACAAGGCCGAAAUGGAUUUAAGGCUGGAAUGAAACUGGAAGGGCUGGAUCCUGAACACCCCUCUCGGUUUUGCGUUCUCACAGUGGCUGAGGUACAAGGGUACCGAAUGCGAUUACACUUUGAUGGUUAUCCAGAGUGCUAUGACUUCUGGGUUAAUGCUGAUUCCUCAGACAUCCAUCCUGUUGGCUGGUGUGAAAAAACAGGUCAUAAGCUGCUCCCUCCUAAAGGUUUCAAGGAGGGAGAAUUUAGUUGGACUUCCUAUUUGAAGAACUGCAAAGCUCAAGCAGCUCCAAAAAGCCUUUUUAAGACCCUCAGCACUCCUGUCACCCCCUCUGGUUUUCGUCUGGGAAUGAAGCUGGAGGCAGUGGACAAGAAGAACCCGUCACUGAUGUGUGUUGCAACCAUCACGGACAUGGUGGAUAACCGCCUGCUGGUUCAUUUCGAUAACUGGGAUGAGAGUUACGACUACUGGUGUGAAGCUAGCAGCCCAUAUAUCCGUCCUGUUGGCUACUGCCAAGAAACUGGAACCCCACUGACAACACCACCUGGAUACAAGGAUUCCAAAGCCUUCUCAUGGGAGAGAUACUUGGAAGAAACGAAUGCCCAGGCAGCCCCAGCAAGAGCAUUCAAACUGCGGCCUGCUCACGGAUUCCAAGUUAAUAUGAAGUUAGAGGCUGUGGACAGAAGAAAUCCCAUUUUGAUAAGAGUAGCAACAAUUGUUGACAAAGACGACCAUCGCAUUAAGAUACAUUUUGAUGGCUGGGACCAUCAUUACGAUUUCUGGGUCGAUGCAGACAGCCCUGAUGUCCAUCCAGUCGGCUGGUGUGCAAAAACUGGACAUGCUUUGCAAGUGCCUCUAGGAGCUGUUGAUCAAGUGGGAGCAGUGGGACAAGCGUGUCCUACUCCAGGCUGCCACGGGAUCGGCCAUGUGAGGGGACCACGCUAUGGAACACAUUAUACGUUAGUUGGCUGCCCAUAUUCGGAGGUGAACCUCAACAGAGAAAACUUGUUGCAGGACCGCCUGAGUGGGGAGAGACCUUCCCCCAGCAGCAGCAUGCCAAAAGCCAAGGGACCAGAGACUCCUGCCCCAUUUCUCUUGGGAGCAGGAGAGUCUUCUCAGGAGGACUCUCCACAGUCCCGAAGAUCUGCCCAAGACAGUGAAAAGUCGUGUCAAAGCAGUAUUCACAGCCUGUCGGAACAGUCUGAAAGCAAUCAAGAGAGAGACUGGGGAGAAGAGGAUUCCUUUGCAGACAUCAAAGCCAAACAGAAAAAGCUUGGAUGCUCACAUGCCUAUAUAAAGUUCCAGCUGGUGAAACAGGAAAGCAAUGGGAAAGACCCUGACCUGGAUCUCCAGCAGGCCCUCCACCAGUCCAUCUUCAUGCCUUCCCUGGCUUCUAGCCCGACCCACCGCCUCCAUCUCUGCUGGGAGAAGCACUGCAAGCUCCUGCCAGAGGUCUCAGGCCUCACAGCCAAACAUGUGGCCAAAUGGACUGUGGAAGAGGUUGUAAGCUUUAUCCAGCGUCUGCCUGGUUGCAAAGAGCAAGCAUCUGUGUUCAGGGAAGAGCAGAUAGAUGGUGAGGCCUUCCUGCUCCUGAACCAGAGCGACAUAGUUAAAAUACUCAGUAUCAAGCUGGGUCCUGCCCUGAAGAUCUACAAUGCCAUUCUCAUGUUUAAGUCUGCAGAAGACAUCUGAGAAGAGUCCUUUGGCAGAGCCCACGAGGAACUGACAGGGAACAGAUCUUCAGCUGAGAGCAUUACAACGUGCAGGUUGGGACUUGGACGUAUUUUAAGUAGAACUUAUUAAAAGUAUUUUUCAAGACACCAAACUCCUGCCAUAGUCUGGAAUAUGGGGCAGCUUCACUUCCAAGAAGAGGAUAUUAUUAUAUUUUGUAAUUGAGUUUGGGUUUGCUAUAUCAAUCUCUUUUUGAGAUCUAGAAGAAACCUCCGGUUCUAAGGGGAAUCCAGGGGAACACUGGUGGAGCUGCAAUAGCAAGAAGAAAGCUGUGAGUAAAACGGCUGCUGUGUUCAAUGAGAGUGCCUGAAAGACUGAGUUAUCACCAGCAUGUUUAAUAUAUGUGUAAAAACUCUGGGAAAAGAGAAUAAGAAAGUAGGAAAGAGAAAAGAGUGUCGGAAAAUAGGGAAAAGAUACACUUCAGAGCAACUCAGCUGUAUCCUUCAAUGCUGUGACUCAAGAGAUGCCUUUUUCAGGACUCAUUUUUAUCUUGUAGUUUCUCCUGAUCCUGACUGUACCAUUGCUGCUGGGCUGCUUCCACCACAGAAAGGUAGCAUGGGCUAAGGGUUUCAUCAGUGGUGACUUGCAUCGUUUCUGGUAACAGGCAAAAUGUUCUUCCUCAUGUCACCAGAGAGUGGGAAGCAAGCCCUGUGGAGAUAGGCUUUGGGUAGGCAGAGAUCUCUCAUAAAGGUAUCUCCCACAGGAGACAAAGAUGAAUAUUUUAGCUCUGAUUUUUCCAUCAGUUCUUUUGUGCAACUGCUGCCUGGACCAGGAGCAUCUUACAGCAAAAUGACACGAUCAGGGGCACUGGGGAAUUUGAUGGAUUCAUUCUUGGCCCUUCCAGUGUCAGACAAAUGGCAGAAUGAGUUGGAAACCCAGCAUUGGCCACUCCGUGUGUACAGAUACACAGUUGAUCCUAGAAACAAUUUGCUUUUUAUUUGAACAAUCCACUUUGUUUCAGCCUUUUCAGCUCCGGGUGGACUUGGGUCUGUCCUACCAAAGAGUCACUGUGCUGUAGUAGCAGGGUAUGGUUCUGCUAAGGCAGGCAGAGCACACAGGGAGGUUUAACUGGAGGGGAACUGAGAUUCAAGCAGACAGCAAAAUGAGUUAAAUACCUGUUCUGGAGGUUGGUUAGAGCCAUCCUGGCUGGGGAAGUCUUUCCCCCUCACUUCAUUCAGAGCUGCCAGGCUGAAUCCUGUCUGUGUGAACCAUUGCAAGCACUGUGUGUUCACAGCUGCGUGUUGUGCCAUCAGCUCUGCCCAUGGAUUUCCAUGGGUUUCUCAGGCACUUCCUGAUAAGAUGUGAUCCAUCUGUAGGCACCUCACACUCCCUCCUUGGCAUCUUUGUCACCAGUGCUAUUGCUGCAGCUUCUCUGAGAGCCACUGGGAACAGAAUGAACACACUGUGACUGUGUGGUGACAACAAGGAACACACUUGAUCUUCCUUCCUUCAUCACUCCUUGUCCUUGGUCCAAGCUGGGAAGGUCCUUGUGACUUGCCUAAAGUUGUAAGUUCCUUAAAGCUGUAAACUGAGCAGAAUCCAGACCACUGAAGCCAUACAACCCUCGAUUAAUAUGUAGAGCAGUUUGUCUUCUUGCUUUCUAUUUUUGUGUAAGAUCUUAAGGAGUUUAAGCCUUCCACAGAGAAGACAUAGGGCUGGUGGGAUAUUUAAUAACUAAAACAUUAACUAGCAGCCAGGCAGCGGCAGGAGAGUGAUUUAAUGCAGUGUUAAGCACUAGGCAAGGUACAAGUUUAAUUUAUUAAACCACAUUUUUACUCUGAUAACCAGGAUAUUCACCAAAGAGUCACAUUCCUUUAUCCCACUGCGCACCCAGCAUCAGUGUAACAACUUGAAUUGUAAAUGGCAUGUCCUGCACUGACACAGCUCGCCUUCUAGGCAAAGUAAAUUGUUCACUGACAACUGGAGCAGAGGAUCUGUAGCUGAACUGGUUUGUUCCUAGCUCUCCAGUGACCUGCUCAAUAUUCCUGAGCCCUUCCUUGCUCUGCUUUCCCCUCCGUGAUGCCCAGCAAAGUGGGUGAGUGCAGUUCCACCUUUGUUCUUGUUCCUACCAGAUGUUCUGGUUUACCUCCUUCCUUUGGGAAACUGGGUUGGGGGACAGCAGAUUGCCUCCAGCAGUAGACCAAAAUACAACAUUUAAUCUCUUUUACUAUAUAUAGAUAGAGGUUGAAGAGAAUUGGUGAAACAGGCAAUGAGAUCCCAGUCAUUGAAAUGAUUCAAACCGCAGAGAAAUCUUUAAUCCUAGGGGCUUCCAAGCCAGCUGGAUCAAAGAUGAAAAUGAGUGCUUGGAGGUUGUUCAGUGUCAACAAGAGUAGUGCGUUCAGCAAGGAGGAAGGAGGAGCCCUUUUAGGGAGAGAAGGAGGAGGAAUGUGCUUCUUGUGCCUUUUUUUGUAAUCCAGUAAUUGUCUUUGCAGAGCAAGCAGGAAUGUGCACACAUCUAUUGCUGCCUCCCUUCCCAAAUAUAGCUGGUUUCUAAUCAAAUCAAGCAACUUCGCAAGAACACGAGAGCAGAAAGAUUUCCAGUGUCUUCUGGACACAUUUAAAGUUCCCUAAUCCUUACAAGCCAGACAAAGAGCUCAUCUUCGAGCCCCAGAACUUGGGAAUUCACUGGUUGCUGAUGCCGUUCCGCUCACUUUCACAUGGGGCUCAGUGAUUUCUUUCUGCUGCCAGACUCUGCCUGGACACGCUUUGCCUUUCCCCAGUGCUGUGGGAGGCCUGUGUCGAGGUGAGGGCUCUGCAGAUGCCUUUGACUGCCUGAUGCCUUCUUGUCUAAUUUGAAACAUGCACUUUGAAGCAGAAAGGCAAAAGCUGCAACUCUGCGGUGAGCGGCACUGGAGCUGGUUAAUGCCACCAGGGUUUUGGAGGCUUUCCUUGUGUGCUGAGUGUCAGCAGAAGCCAGCUGUUGGCCUGACUGAACCCAGAAGUCACUUAGAAGUAGAAGUCUAUGACUUAGAAGCAACCCAGAGCAGUGACAACUUCCAGUGCAGUUGGGAAUUGUCAGUUCUCAGUUAAAGUGGGUCUUACUCCUUGCAUUGGUUCCUGUGGCCCUGAUUUUGACAUGCAGAGCCAUCAUGUUUUUCUCCUGUUGGCUCUACUGGAAAGUCUUAUUAAAAUCCUUCUGUUCCAUCACCAGUGAUCAUCCUGGUAAUACAGUAGCAGCAAAUUUCUGCUCUGGGUAAUGAAUCCCGUUAAAGUUGGAUGGAAACAUUUGGCAACACUGAUGGCAAAACUCCACAACCAAAGGGAAGACCCCCCCAACGUUGAGCCCAGGGGAUAAGCUCGUUCAGCUGUAGAUUUCCUGCCUACUACUUUCCUGCCCUGCCUAGGGUUCUACAGCACAGCAAGCUUUAAAGCUUUUGACAUCCUCUCCAUGAUGCUUAGAUUUGAAAUUCCUGGUACUUGAACUGGAACCCAUUGUCUCAGUUCAGCCUCUGAAAUGGCUUUUGCCUGUUUUAAACCAGUUCCUUGAGCUCUGUGUCACACCGGCCCUGACCUUGCGCUCCACUGAUGCUUUCUUCUGGAAAUGUGAAUAAAACUUAAUAUAAGUUCAAA